CUUAGUUUGUCCAUUUCAAACCACGCUACAUUCUUUCCAUUCUUGAAAAUAAUCUCAAAAACUUAGGCUAAAAAAACCAAGAAACAAGAGAAUGAUAGGGUUAGAAGACAUUUACAAGGUGGUUGUAGCCAUGGUGCCACUCUACGUAGCCCUAAUUUUGGGAUAUGGUUCAAUAAGGUGGUGGAAUAUAUUUACUCAUGAACAAGGUGGUGCUAUAAACAGGCUUGUUUGUUACUUCACUCUCCCACUUUUCACCUUUGAAUUCACAGCCCAUGUCGACCCAUUUAAAAUGAAUUAUAUAUUCAUUGGUGCUGAUGCUAUUUCUAAGUGCAUUAUAGUGUUGGUUCUUGCAUUUUGGGCUAAGUUUACUACCAAAGGGAGCUACACAUGGUCCAUCACUAGCUUCUCUUUGUGCACCUUGACUAACUCACUUGUGGUUGGUGUUCCUUUAAUGAAGGCUAUGUAUGGACCCAUGGGUGUGGACCUUGUGGUUCAAUCCUCUGUGGUUCAAGCCAUUGUGUGGCUUACUUUUUUGUUGUUUGUUUUGGAGUUUAGAAGAACUAGACUUGAUAUUGGUGGUUCUAGUGCAAAUAGUGAUGUUAAUUUGGAGAAGGAUUUGGAGGUUAGUGAUGGGGGUGAUGUGGGGGCUAUAGGUAGGGGAAGUGGGCCUUCCUUUUGGGCUUUGAUGAAGGUUGUUGGGAUGAAACUUGCUAUGAAUCCUAAUUCAUAUGCUUGUAUUGUGGGCCUUGUUUGGGCUUUUAUAGCUAACAGGUGGCAUUUUGAAAUGCCUAGCAUAAUGGAGGGAUCUGUGUUGAUUAUGUCAAAGGCUGGUACAGGCACGGCCAUGUUUAGCAUGGGGAUCUUCAUGGCUGUGCAAGAAAAGGUGAUAGCCUGUGGUACAGGACUAACUGCUAUAGGAAUGAUCCUAAAGUUCAUCGCUGGUCCCGCAGCAAUGGCUAUCGGCGCCAUUGCCGUGGGCUUGCACGGUGACGUUUUACGUGUUGCCAUCAUUCAGGCAGCAUUACCACAAUCCAUUACGUCCUUCAUCUAUGCUAAAGAAUAUGGACUGCAUGCUGACGUGUUAAGCACAGCUGUGAUAUUCGGAAUGAUCGUCUCACUUCCCGUGUUGAUUGCUUACUAUGCUGUUUUAGAAUUUGUACAUUAGCCAUUUUUGAAAAUAUGGCAGAGUCGAAUGGAGGUAUUAUCGUAUCAAAAACUCGACUUUCGAUGACGGGAUGUGUUAUUCACCAACGACUGCAAAAUUUUAGCGAAACAGUUUAAUAUAUAUUUUUUCCAUAACACUAUCUGCAAAGCAAAUUGCACAUUUAUUAACUCGAAAUGUUUGUACUAUGCCACAUCAUUAUGAUUGGUUUUUUGACUUUUCUAAUUAUAAAUGUAAUUGUUACAUACUUGAGCUAUUAA